AAAAAAAAAAAACUAUUUGAUUACUCUCUUGUUUAUAGUUUGUAUGUAGUAGAACGCUCAGAUUGACCAGAAAAUCAAGCUAUUAUUGCUACGAACGCAUGGAGCAACCCUCCAACGAGAUCACAUCCCCUCUCCUCAGCGGGGAGCAAUCCUCGACGGAAGAAGAAGAGACUUUUCAUGAAAACUCAGCAAUAGAACAAGUGGCGCUAACGGUGCCAACCACCGACGACCCUUCCCUCCCGGUUCUCACGUUCCGAAUGUGGGUCCUUGGAAGCCUCUCCUGCGUGCUGCUAUCAUUCCUCAACCAAUUCUUUUGGUACCGAACGGAACCCCUCAGCAUCACGGCUAUCUCGGCGCAGAUAGCUGUGGUACCGUUGGGGCAGCUCAUGGCUUCCAAGAUCACGAAGCGCGUCUUCUUCAAAGGGAAGCGCUGGGAAUUCACCUUAAACCCUGGGCCCUUCAACGUGAAGGAGCACGUUCUCAUCACUAUCUUUGCCAACUCUGGUGCUGGCACUGUCUACGCCAUUCAUAUUGUUACCGCUGUAAAAAUCUUUUACCGCAAGCACAUCUCCUUCUUUGUUGCCUUCCUUGUCAUCAUUACCACCCAGGUAUUAGGAUUCGGAUGGGCCGGCAUAUAUAGGAGGUACCUUGUGGAGCCAGCAGCCAUGUGGUGGCCAGCGAAUUUAGUACAAGUUUCACUCUUCAGGGCACUGCAUGAGAAGGAGCAACGAACCAAGGGAGGGUUAACCCGAUCGCAAUUCUUCAUCAUAGCUUUUCUAUGCAGCUUCUCCUACUAUGUUUUCCCAGGCUACAUAUUCCAAAUGUUAACCUCUCUCUCUUGGCUAUGCUGGCUAUUUCCAAACAACGUGUUGGCCCAACAGCUCGGGUCAGGCCUUUACGGGCUCGGCAUUGGUGCCAUUGGAUUUGACUGGUCUACUAUUUCGGCCUACUUGGGAAGCCCACUCGCAAGCCCAUGGUUUGCCACUGCCAAUGUUGCCGCGGGAUUUGUGUUUGUGAUGUACAUUCUGACUCCAUUGUGUUAUUGGCUCAAUGCCUAUAAUGCCAAGACGUACCCUAUUUUCUCCGACGAACUGUUCACAGCGAAUGGAUCAAUUUACAACAUCACAGCCAUAAUUGAUUCCAAUUUUCACUUGGACAUAGCUGCUUACGAGCGACAAGGACGACUCCACCUCAGCACUUUCUUUGCCAUGACUUAUGGUGUGGGCUUUGCUGCACUAACUGCUACCAUUGUGCAUGUUGUUCUCUUCCACGGAAGAGAACUAUGGGAACAAAGCAGAUCAAGUUUUAAGGAAAAGAAAAGGGACAUACACACCAAGCUUAUGCGGAGGUACAAGCAGGUUCCAGAGUGGUGGUUUGUGUCCAUACUCAUUGUGACAAUUGCUGCCACCGUCUUUGCUUGCGAGUACUACAAUGAACAGCUACAACUGCCUUGGUGGGGUGUUUUCCUCGCAUGUGCCAUUGCAAUCUUUUUCACUCUUCCAAUUGGGAUUAUUACAGCAAUCACAAAUCAGACGCCGGGGCUGAACAUAAUUACUGAGUACAUCAUAGGAUAUAUCUACCCGGGAUACCCAGUGGCUAACAUGUGUUUCAAGGUUUAUGGUUACAUCAGCAUGACACAAGCCAUCACUUUCUUGCAAGACUUUAAGCUCGGUCACUACAUGAAGAUUCCUCCCAGAGUCAUGUUCAUGGCACAGGUGGUGGGAACGAUCAUCGCAGCUCUUGUAUAUUUGACUACUGCAUGGUGGUUAAUGGAAACAAUCCCAGACAUAUGUCAAGACACGUCCUCUGUUUGGACUUGUCCAGGCGACACAGUAUUUUACGAUGCUUCAGUGAUUUGGGGUUUGAUUGGUCCAAAAAGAAUCUUUGGAGACCAAGGAAUUUAUUCUCAAAUAAAUUGGUUCUUUUUGGGUGGAGCCAUUGCUCCUUUACUCGUAUGGUUCGCUGUAAGGGCGUUCCCACAACAGGAGUGGAUUAGCCUCAUCAACAUGCCUGUGUUGAUAGGUGCCACGGGGAUGAUGCCGCCGGCAACGGCGGUGAACUACACAAGUUGGAUCAUUGUUGGAUUUUUGUCCGGAUUUGUUGUGUACAGGUACAAGCCAGAAUGGUGGCAACGCCACAAUUAUGUGCUCUCUGGAGCCUUGGAUGCAGGCCUUGCAUUUAUGGGAGUGCUUUUGUAUCUUUGCUUAGGAUUAGAGGACAUUAGUAUUAAUUGGUCGGGCAACGACCUUGACGGUUGUCCCUUAGCUCACUGUCCGACUGCAAAAGGUGUUUACGUCCCUGGUUGUCCGAUCCCUUUUUAAAGAGAAAAAAGA